CUUCGUUUCACCCAAUCGACGGGGCAGCCAUAAACCUCCUUACUCGAGCGAUGGAGUACGACGAAGAGGAAUGUCGGGUCUGCCGUGGCGAAGCGGAAGAAGGCCGUCGCCUCUUCGCGCCCUGCAGAUGCAGCGGCUCGAUCCGCUACGUGCACUCGGACUGCUUGACGGAGUGGCUGGCCAUCUCCAAGAAGGAAGUGUGCGAGCUCUGUGGCUACACGUUCUCGUUUCGCCCGCUGUACGCCGAUGGCUGCCCCGAGACGCUGCCCGCUGGUGAGCUCUUCUUGUCGCUGGCGAUCGUGGCGCUCAAGAAGUGGCUACCGCUGGCCAUCCGCGCGAUCCUGGUCGUCAUUGCGUGGGCCCUCGUCGCGCCAUGGUGCACGAGCUGGCUCUACCGCCUCUGGCUGCUCCGCGCCGCGACCAUGGGCUCGGUCAACUUUAACGACCGCGUCCAGACGGUCGAGGUGCUCUUUGACGACGUCUUUUCGGGUUUGAUCCUCAUCGUUGUCGUUGUCUGCUCGUUCCUCUCGCUCAUGAGCCUCGCCGACUUUCUGCGCUUCAAUAUGGACCAGAUCCAAGAUGAUAUCGACGCCGACGCCGACGUGCCGGAGGAAGUCCAUCUUCGCCAGCGCGCGAUGCUCGUCGCCCAGGAACUUGAAAUGCACGGGCUCCAAGACGCCGAGGGAAACCGCCGCGGCGAUAACUUUAUGCGGCUCAUCGAGCGCGUCGACGGCGUCGACGAGUGGAUUCCCGAACGCGGUCACCGCGACGACCACUCUGACGACUCGGACGACGACGACGACGACGACUCAGGGGAUGAGGACGACGACUCGGACGACGAGAUCCAGCCGCGCCGCCGCCAUGUGCGUCCGGUUGCCAACCUCCCGCACCUCAACCUGCCGCGUGGGCCGCCGCUCGUGCCGCCGCGGCGCGUCGUCCGGGUCCGCGAAGACGACAAUCUCCCGCUCUUUGAAGAGGCGAUCCAGCAAAUCCCGCACGCCGCCGUCUUUCGACCGCACGUCGCACGCAACAUUCGCCCGGACCCGCGCAUCGUCGAGGCCGUCAACCGCGGCAACCGCCGGCGUCGCGGUGGCGUGCGUCCGCGCCGCCCCGUCAACAACAACAACAACGAGCCGCCGCCGCAAGACCAGUGGGACGACGACAUGGAACACAUGGAGAUCAACAUUGCGAUGGACGAGCUCGUGGGCUUUCGUGGACCGCUGUACCUCCUCGUGCGCAACGUCUCGUGGUUCUUGGCGUUCAACGGUGCGUACCUCGGCAUCUUUGCCUUCAUCCCGUACACACUCGGGAGCACGAUCGUGUCGACGUUGAGCAAGUUUACGUCAGCACUGCCACCGCUCGACCCGUCGAUCCUCGAAGGCCCGGUCGAGGCCAUGUCGCCCCUCUACCGCAUCAUCAACUUGGUCCUCAACUCGACCGAGACGACGCGGCUGCACGGCGACUGUCUCCAGCUCGUCGAUCUUGGCACGUGCGCGCUGGGGUACUUUAGCUUUUGCGGCACCAUCGUGCUCUGGCGUGUGCUCGUCUCGACCAUCUCGAGCUACAACCACCGACCGCUGCUCGCGGGCCUCCUCUGGUUCCUCUCGUGCCUCAACGCGGUCGUCAAGGUCUCGACGCUGCUCUUGCUCAAGAUGAUUCUGCUCCCAAUCCUCCUCGGUAUCGGCAUGGACGUGGCCACCUUGCAGCUCUUCCUCGUCGACCCGUGGGACCGCCUUAGCUACUGCAUGGAGCACAUGCUCGCGACGCUGCUCGUACACUGGGUGCUCGGUAUCACGUUCAUGCUGUUUGUGACGGUCGCCGUCCUCCAGAUGCGCGAGGUGCUCCACCCCGACAUCCUCGCGGCGACGAUUCGGCCCCAAGAGGCCAACCCGGACAUUCUCAAGGCGCUGUUGAGCGAGAAGAGCAUCAAGCACGCGCGCCGCAUGCUGCUCUCACUUGCGAUCUACGCAGCACUCCUCCUCCUGCUCGUGCACUUGCCUGUGCGGGCCGCGUACAGCGUCGCGCCGUCAUUGUUUCCGCUGCAGCUGCGGUUUUACCACCUCUUUGCGCCGCUCCAAGUGCCGCUCGAGCUUGUCCUUGCGCACAUGACGAUCCUCGCAGUCCUUGAGACGUACAAGAACGAGAUUGGCACGUUUCAGUACAAGUACAUGCUGCGUAUGUGUGCACGGCUCGGGCUCACCGAGUAUUUGCUGCCGCGCGUGCCGGCGCUGCCCGGGGCCGGCGUUGACGCGAUCGUGCUCACGGUGCCGCCAUUGACGUUCAACCCCCACCAUGACGCGCCGGCGGCCGAGCAGCGCUACUAUGGCGCGCGGUACCUUCCGUGGCCUGAAGAAGGGCUUGUGGACCCGACCGUGAUGGAGUACAACUUGCUACCGCGUCAGUUUCCAUCCAACGUGCCACUCCGCCUGAGUCUUCUCGUGCUCUCGUGCUGGCUCACGACCGUUGGCAUCAUUGGCAUGGCGACGCUCGGUCCGCUCUUCAUCGGACGCACGUCGAUCGCGCUUCUCGAGCGGUUCUGUGGCGUCCAGCACGACUCGCUCGCGUUCGCGACCGGUAUUUUCGUCAUGUGGGUCCUUCUCAGCGGCUGCAAGGCGCUCCGUAUCCUCCGCAUUCCGGACCGGGACGUCCACCAUCGGCUUCAAAACGGCGGGUACCGAGUGCCGCCCUCGACGCGCAGCUCGCUCGUCGGUCUCGUGCUGUCGUGGGCCGUCGUGCUGCCGCUCAUGCUCGGGCUCCUGAGUGCGCUCUGGAUGACGCCGCUUGCGUCGCAGUGGCCGACACUGCUCGAGAUGCUCGGGUUUGGGUUUGUCACGCUGCACGCGGGUGCGUGGGUUGUGUGCUGCUUGGAGCUCAAGAAACGGCGCCGACACAACAACAAUGACGACGACGAUCCCAAUGCGCACGUUGGCGACCGGUGGGACGAGCUCUCGCGGGCGCCGCCGGGCGUCGUCACGUCUCUGCGGCUCGCAUACGAGCAGCUCUGCUUCCACGUGCGCGCGCACGAAGUCGGCAUUGAUGGCGACGACCGUGCGAUGGACGACUUGAGCGCCAAGUGCUUUGACGGCGUCGCGUUUCGCAACAAGGUGGUGCGACCGCUCGCGUAUGGGUUCUUCAUGUGCCUCGUGCUUCCGUGGCUCGUCUGCAAGCUCGACGCGCUGCUCGCGUGGAGCCACCUCCCGGAGCGCAUCGUGUACCGACUGGCGUUUGCGACGCAGCUCGUGGGCGCGGGGAUCGUCCUCGCCAAGCCGUGCGUGGGCCGGUGGGUGCAGACGCUCCACGACUCGGUGCGGGACGAACGGUACCUGAUCGGGAAGGAGCUCAACGACAUGGUCCGCUAAGAACUAGGAGUAGUAGAGGGUAGCUUAUAUAACCACGCGCGCGUGCUUUGUGUAUCUUGA